AUGUCCUCUUCAGUCCAACUUCCCGAGGCGGAGCGUCUCUCCGAUCUGCAACUCUCACUUUCCGAGGUCCGAGCCCGGGUCGAACAAGCUUCGAGUUCCUCCUCAUCGACCCCUCCAAGACUUGUCGCCGUAUCGAAGUAUAAACCUGCCUCCGAUAUUCUGGCAUGCUACGAGUCUGGCCAGCGCGAUUUCGGAGAAAACUAUGUACAAGAAUUAGUGGACAAAGCGCAAAUGCUACCGCGAGACAUUCGAUGGCAUUUCAUCGGCACCCUGCAAUCCAAUAAAUCUAAAAUCCUAGCCUCCAUCCCGAAUAUCUACGCCAUCCAAACCGUCACAUCAAUCAAAGCCGCAAACGCACUCACCAAGGCGCUCUCCUCCGAACCCUCACGUCCACCACUCAACAUUCUUCUCCAAGUCAACACAUCAGGCGAAGACGCCAAAUCAGGUCUUCCACCACUCACCACUACCUCAGAAAGCGACGGCGAACUGACGCAACUCGCGCGACACGUUAUCAAGGAGUGUCCACAUCUUAGGCUUCAGGGCCUGAUGACCAUCGGCGCGUUGUCUGAGUCUCUGUCUGGUGAGGCGGAGAAUAAGGAUUUUGAGAGGCUCAAGGCGACGAGGGAUGUACUGCAGGAGGUUCUUGGGAAGGAGUUUCCGGAGGGCGAGUGGGGAGUAGAUGGGAGGCUGUUGAUGAGUAUGGGCAUGUCGAGCGAUUUCGAAGCGGCGCUAAGGGCUGGGAGCGAUAUCGUCAGGGUUGGAACGGGGAUCUUUGGCGAGAGGAAAAAGAAGGCUGAUAUGCAUUCGGAUGCGAAUGCGGGUGAGACGGCGGCAGCGGGGAAGUAGAGGUUGUAGAUUAGACGUGAAUAUCAACGGGAGUGUGUUUUAUUCCUCGUGCGUUACGAGACUGAUUUUCUUUAACUGGUUCUAAGGUAAAGAUGAAGGCGUAUAAAACUCCACCGUUCUCCUUCUUGACGGGAAGAAAAUUCACCAGAUCAAAAGCCCCAAGGGUUUAGUAGAGUGUGGGCGAGCACAAAGGCUACCAAACCACCAGUUUGGUUGAGAUGCAGUAUGGGCAUCUCGAACCCCAUCCACCAUGCAAGUCGACCCAAGCUCCGUCCACCUGCACAUGGUCACCGCACACAUCUGAU